AAAUCGAAAAAUAGAAUCAUUGUUCGUUUGCUUGAAGAAAGAAUUGGACGUAUUCUUCCACUUGUGGAAUAUAUUUGCAAUUAUUCUUUAAAAUAUCAAUGAAAAUGCAUACUUCAGUUUUUGGCAUUCUUCUUUUGAUUGCCAGUUGUAUUUUUACACUGGUGACUGAAUCAAAAGCAGAAAUAAGAAAACCAACUGCAGAUGAAAUUAAAAAUUUCUAUAGUAGAUUUUACAACAUUAUUCCUAAAAUGAAAUCUUGUGAUGAUCCAAAAUGUAACGUGACUGAAUUGAAUAGAAUGAUUAAUGAAUUGGAUGCUAAUACAAAAAUAGAAAAUUCAAAACUUGAGGAAAUAAACAAUACUUUAGUUGAAGUCGAUAAAGAGACAAUGCGAUCACUUAAAAUUUUUACGGAGGCUGAGGUGGCCGUAUGGAUAGAUGUCAUCAACAAAAUAAAAGACAUAUUAAAAAAAGAAAAUAUUACUUUCGGCAUUCAAUAUGUUGUCUCUCAAUAUUCCACCGUGCUAAAUGAAACAAUUAUUCGCAAAAUCGAGAAAUGUCCUGAAAAAUCUGGAAGAACAGUAACAGACCAUUCUAUUUUGACAGAAAUCAUACAAAAUGCUAACAAAUCACAAGUCGUUUCUAAUUUGGAAGAGGCUAACACGAAAUUAAAAGAUCUUUUAACUUAUAUAAAUACACCAGAAAUGAUAAAUUGUAAACCAACAGACCCUUUAUCUGAAAAAGGGAAAAAACUAUUAGAACUAGCGAAACCUGAAGCAGAUAAAGUGAUUGUUAGUAGUCCUUGGAAGAAAACAAUUACUAUAGGUAUUGCUGUUAUAGGUACCAUUGCCUCUUUAGCACUUUAUGGUGCCUCAAUAAUGACCAAGUCAAAUUAAUCUUUCAAAUCCAACAAACAUAACGAGGCUAAAAUUAUUGUAAAGGCCCAUUAAUAAUGCAAUAAUAAAAAAUAUUUUUAAAAAAUGUAAAUGAAAAAAUUUUGAAUAUAAUAAAUAUUCUUAAUUCCAGAAA